AUGAUCAACUCCUCCCCAGCCGAGUAUGCCUUCAUACGCGUCUGCAUCUUCGGCCUGCAAUCAAUUGGACCUCUGGGUGUGGUAUAUGCCUGUCUGCAAUGGAUGAUACCAGCACUAUCUAUCGUCCCUCUCCCGAUCAAGAUCUGGCUAUGGACUGAAGCGAUUUGGUAUUGCGUCUCGAUCAUCUGGCUCCACAAUUUCCUGCAAACGCCAGCGAUACAUCCUGAAUUGCGCAGCAAAAGCGAAAGGCAGGCGCUCUUCAAUCGAGUGAUCGCAAACAUAGAUCCGGAGGCUGUGGAGAACAACAUACGGUAUUGGUUCAAGGGUGCACUAUUUGAGGAUAUUGGCAGAGAUGGAGUGAAGAGUUGGCUUGCUUGGGCUUUCUUCGAAGGCAGGAUUGAGAAGGAUGGGAAGAAUGAUGGCGAAUUAGAGGGAUAUGCUUCAGAGCUGGAACAGCUGCUCGGGAAGUCAUUCGCAUUAGGAAACGGCAGAGCUGGACCAUUACGCCUGACACUUGAUCGCAUCGAUAUGUCCCAUCGGAGCUUGCUCUGGUACUUUAUGGUCGGCUUCGUGGACUUCCUUGCCUACGUGCGCCUGAGCAUCAACGGGUAUCAUUUCCAUCGACAGUCGUACAGCAGCUUCUUUGAACUGUUCCCACUACGACCUAUUGCCCUGACUGCUACCAAGCGAUCGCCAGCGAAGCACAUUACCUACUGGCAUAGGCCUCACACCUCGAAGACACGCUUGCCUAUGGUGUUCAUUCACGGAAUUGGGAUCGGAUUAUACCCAUACGUCAACUUCUUCAAGGAUCUCAACGAGCACGUCGACGAUUGCAAACCCGACGACGAUGGUCAAGUCGGUGUCAUCGCAGUCGAGAUUAUGGCGAUCAGCUUUCGCCUAACGCACCAGAUCAUGGGAAAGGAUGAGAUGUGCCGAGAACUGCUCAAGAUUCUCGAUUUCCAUGGAUUUGAAAAAUUUGUGUUGGUCUCACACAGCUAUGGCAGUGUGCUGACUACGCAUAUCUUGCGCAAUGAGCUCCUGCAGCCGAGGGUUGAUUCAGUCUUGCUUAUCGAUCCUGUGACCUUUCUGCUGCAUACACCUGACGUGGCUUACAACUUCACCGUACGGCAGCCCAAGGCAGCGAACGAGUGGCAGUUGUGGUACUUUGCUAGUCAGGAUCCGGGCGUUGCACAUACAUUGGGCAGGCACUUCUUUUGGACUGAUAAUGUGCUGUGGUUGGAGGAUCUCUUACCCCUAGUCAGUAAAGGCAUGCGAGUCACUGUCAGUGUCGCCGGCAGAGACUUGAUCGUUGAUACCGAGGUCGUUGGAAAGUAUCUUUCGCGAGCAGUGCAGUCUCGUAAAUCAGGCGAUCCAGCAUUGGUCAAGGGCCCACCAGAAUAUGUGUCGCUAUCGGCCAGCGACUGGAAGCAGUCGCGAUGGCAAGGCCAAGGUCUAGAAGUGAUCUGGUUCGAAGACACGGAUCAUGCGCAAGUCUUCGAUACCAAGGAGAAGAGGACGAAGCUUGUGAAGGUAGUAAGGGCAUAUUGUAACUCAGGUUCAUACCCACGAUCUGGACGCGCCAAGUGA